CCAUUAUAACCUCUGCAUCUUCUUCUACCUCUGAAUCCAAAACCCUAGCGACUUUUUGUUUCUCUCUCGAGACGCUCUGCUAAAGCUUCUUCGAUUGUGAUCUAAGGUUUUAUAAUGGAGAAAUCUCGAGAAAGUGGUUUCUUGUUCUGUAACUGGUGUGGGACGAUGCUUGUCUUGAAAUCAACUAAGUAUGCAGAGUGUCCAUUAUGUAAAACAACGCGAAAUGCAAAAGAGAUUAUCAACAAGGACAUAGCUUACACAGUUACUGCUGAGGAUAUCAGAAGAGAACUAGGAAUAUCAUUGUUUGGUGAAAAAACGCAGGAAGAGGCUGAGCUACCAAAGAUCAAAAAGGCGUGCGAGAAAUGCCAGCACCCGGAGCUUGUAUACACGACCAGACAGACGAGAUCAGCUGACGAAGGACAGACAACAUAUUACACUUGCCCCAAUUGUGCUCAUAGAUUCACAGAAGGUUGAUGUUAUAAUGAUCUCCAGCAUGUGAUUCGGAUUCACCAAGCAUACCAGUUUUGUUCUUACAUUCGAUGUUGCAAAUUCAAUGAUUCAGUGCCAUCAUUAGAACCUUAUGUAUAUGUCACCAACUCAAAAUUUUCAAUGUCAUCAUCAGAAAUAGCUGCAACUGUAAUACAAGUUUUCUUUAAUUUUA